AUGUCCUCUCCGUCCCUCGCCUCGCCGCCCGACCGACCCGUCCCUCCAGCGCCCGCACCUGCACCUGAACCGCCUCCAGCACCACCCACAGCAUCGACGCCCCCUUCAUCGGUCGACGACGAGGUCGAUCUGUCGACCCUGCGGUUCCUGCGCACCUCGCUCCGCACCCCGUACCUCCCCUACCUCGUCCGCAUCUCGCUCUUCACCCUCGCCGCCAAACUCGUCCGCGUUCUCGCCCCGCCCCUCCUCCGCUUUAUCGCCCGCCUCUCGUCGUGGGCCUGGACCGCCCUCACCGCCGUCGUGCGCUUCGCCGCGUGGAGCGGCAUGUGGCUCGGCCUCGCCGCCCUCGCCCUGUGGCUCCUCGUCGGCGCAGGCGGCGCCCUCGUCUACGUCGCCCUGUCGCUCAAGCCCCGCGUCCGAGCCUGGGCCCGAGCGAGCCCCGGGCAGGCGCGCCUCGCCCAAAAGGCCGUCACGUACGGCGGCGCGUGGGUCGUCGCACGCCGGGCUCUCGGCGCAUGGGCCGGCAAGGUCGUCGUCGCCCUCUACGCCGCGUGGGAGGCGUGGGCGUUCUUUGGCGGCGGGCGACGAGUGGUACCACCCGUCGCCGUCGCCGUCGAGCAGGUCGGCGUCGGGUCGUCGGCAUCUCGCUCGCCCGAGGUCAAGUCGAGCGAGCGGGAGCAUGGCGGCGGCGCAGGAGUCGCAGCGGAUGGUGCGGGCCAGGAGGGAGCUGCCGAGGAAGGCGUCGACGACGAGGAGCUUGAGCGGUGGGCGCGGCAGGCCAAGGAGUCUCUCCUGCGCGACAGCCUCCUGCGGCAGGGGCGCAAGGCGGGCGGCGGCGCUGCACGAGCAGGGUCCGAAGAAGGACACGAGGAGCACGGCGAGGGUGCAGGCGCGCACCCGGAGGUGGCCGACGACGACGAUGAGCGAGGGAGGAGCGGUCCGGGCGGCGCGAGGUGAGCCAGUCGCGGAGCGUCCGGACGUCGCCGCGCCGUGCAACACGACGAGAUAGACCCAG